AUGGAUGUGAUGAGGCCCUUAAUAAAUGAUCAGAGCUUUGAUGGCACCUCAGAUGAAGAGCAUGAACAGGAGCUGCUGCCUGUCCAGAAGCACUACCAGCUCCAUAACCAUGGUGGUAUUUCAUUUAUCCAAACUCUUAUGCAUCUUCUUAAAGGAAAUAUUGGCACCGGCCUUUUAGGACUCCCACUGGCAAUAAAAAAUGCAGGUGUAGUGCUUGGACCAAUCAGCCUUGUGUUUAUAGGAAUUAUUUCUGUUCACUGUAUGCACAUAUUGGUACGUUGCAGUCACUUUCUAUGUCAGAGGUUUAAGAAGUCUACUUUAGGCUACAGUGACACGGUGAGUCUCGCCAUGGAAGCAAGUCCGUGGAGUUUCCUCCAGAAACAAGCUGCUUGGGGACGGAGUGUGGUUGACUUUUUUCUGGUGAUAACGCAGCUGGGAUUCUGCAGUGUUUAUAUUGUCUUCUUAGCUGAAAAUGUGAAACAAGUUCAUGAAGGAUUCCUGGAGAGUAAAGCAUUUGUUUUGAAUAGUACCAACUCAUCCAGCGCCUGUGAGAGAAAAACUGUCGACCUAAGGAUAUAUAUGCUUUGCUUUCUUCCAUUUAUAAUUCUUUUGGUCUUCAUUCGAGAGCUAAAGAAUCUAUUUGUGCUCUCAUUCCUUGCCAACAUUUCUAUGGCUGUCAGUCUUGUGAUAAUCUAUCAAUAUGUUGUUAGGAACAUGCCAGAUCCCCACAAUCUUCCAAUAGUGGCUGGUUGGAAAAAAUACCCCCUGUUUUUUGGUACUGCUGUAUUUGCUUUUGAAGGCAUAGGAGUGGUCCUUCCUCUGGAAAACCAGAUGAAAGAAUCCAAACGUUUUCCCCAGGCAUUGAAUAUUGGCAUGGCUAUUGUCACAGCUUUGUAUGUUACACUGGCUACUUUGGGAUAUAUGUGUUUUCGUGAUGAAAUCAAAGGCAGCAUAACUUUAAAUCUUCCCCAGGAUGUGUGGUUGUAUCAGUCAGUGAAAAUUCUAUAUUCCUUUGGCAUUUUUGUGACCUAUUCAAUUCAGUUCUAUGUUCCAGCAGAGAUUAUUAUCCCUGGAGUCACAUCCACAUUUCACACUAAGUGGAAGAAAAUCUGUGAAUUUGGGAUAAGAUCCUUCUUGGUUAGUAUUACUUGUGCAGGGGCCAUUCUCAUUCCUCGCUUGGACAUUGUGAUCUCCUUUGUGGGGGCUGUGAGCAGCAGCACGCUGGCCCUCAUCCUGCCGCCUCUCGUUGAAAUCCUCACAUUUUCAAAGGAGCAUUACAAUAUAUGGAUGGUCCUAAAAAAUUUGUCCAUAGCGUUCACUGGAGUGGUAGGCUUCUUAUUAGGUACAUAUGUAACUGUUGAGGAAAUUAUUUAUCCUACUCCCACAAUUAUAGCUGGAAAUUCACAAAGUCCCUCUCUUAAUUUGAGUUCAAUUUGCUUUACGCCAGGUUUCAAGUAGUAUAGUCAAAGAAACGAGUCUUCUACUCUUACCUCCACUCUGAAAAUGGAAGAACCAGUAAAAUGCAUUGCCGUGCAUUUCUAAAUAGUACCAAACACCUAUUUCAUAAAAGUAGCAAAUGGUGACAGAUUUGUGGUUUAUACAAUAGCUAUGCAUUCUUAAAAUUAGCUUUGCAACUAAAAAAAUUAUAAAGUCUACAAAUUCAAAGAAUAAAAAUAUUCUUAAUUCCACAAGAAACACUAAAAGAUUUGGCUUUCUUCCCCAUAAUUUUACCACCCAGUUGAAAAGCUGCAGGAGUUUAACAAUAGGGGGCUAAAUAAGGGCUUUGGUGUAUAUACAUACGCGUGUGUAUGUAUAGCACGUGUUUGUCCAGACCAUCCAGUGAACAGCAGAGUGAACUUGUUGUGUGAGGUAAUGGGUUAUGCAUCUCUAUGAUGACAGUGCGUGGGACUGGGCCUGCAGCAACAAACCAUGUUAUCUGUAUCAGAAAAAGCCCACAACCAGAAUUAUUUUUCUGCUAUACUGAAGCAGUAUGCAGUUUGGAUUCUAAUCAGGAAGCACUGAGCAAGAUCCUAGCUUGGUGUUUCAGUCAUGCUUGAGAGGACUUUUAAGGUUUCUCCAAUACACAUCCCUUAUUUAUCACUGGAGGAAAUGGAGUCCCAGAAAGGUCAAGCAGCUGGAUUAGGACCAUUCACCCCAAUAUCAAGGAACCCUAUUUUCAAACUCUGAAGCUACAAUUUUUUCAUUUUCCAUAUUGUAUCCAAUAAUAAGAACAAAUUAUGCUUAGCUUAAUUUUAAUAUGGCAUCUAUUUAAUUACACAUUACAACUUCACAAUGUAAAGAAAGGAGAGUAGUGGUGGACCCCAUAUUUUCCACGGGACAGCUGCUGGCAUUCAGCCCAGCCACCACACCAUCUCAGCUGCCCUGUGCGCCUUCCCUUUUUGGGGGUUGUAGGGACCAUCUUCCAUAAUGGCAGAAAGUAGAUGCUGUGACAAAACUGAGGAUUUGUGCGCUCCUUCCUGCCUUGGGACUUUGCUUAUCAGAGUCUCAUUGAUCUGCAUGUGCAGGGUACGAGCACUGUGAAAUGAAUGCUGAAGAAAAAUAGAAACAGCAAAACGUUCUCUAAUCAAAACUGAGACACUCCAGCAUCUUACAUCCAUCCUACAUUCAUCCUUGGCUUUCAAGUGCAUUUAUUCACCAGCACAGAAAUCUCAUUGGAUGGAGAACAUGAAAAUUACUAAGUCUGAAACAUUAGAAUAGAAUUGUCUACAGAUUUUUUAAUUCACAGUUUAGAAUUUGAACUUUUUAUUCAUCCUGGUAAUACUCUAAUGUGUAAUACCAUGAAAAUACCAUUAAGUUCACUGUAUAUAUCCUCUAUUUUUGUAUCUAAAUGUUAACUUAUUCAACUUUUUUUUUGCUUGCAUUAUUAACUCAUCAUCAGGUGUGAGCCUGAAGAUAUAUCAGAAGCUUUAUUUUGGUACAGAUUCAUAAGAAUCAAAACAUUUUUUAAAACAUCAACAUUAGGUAUUAACUGCCAUAUUUUAUAUCAAAUCUGUUACAUUGCAUCUGUAGUUACACUAAAAGAUGUGGAAAAGCUAAUCUUUAAACUUAACAGUAUAGUCUGGAAUCUAAGAAUAAACUAAAAGUUUUAAAAUUUUAUAAUAUGAAAUUAAUUAAAAAUUAUUUAAUAGAGUGAAUUUUUUGUCAGCUGCUUUCACAUGUCUGUGUGUUAAAAUUAUCUUUGUACUUUGACCUGUUAUUUAUUUCCUUAUGGAAUUAAGCAAGUGCAGUGGUAUCUUCAGUAGUUGUUCUAGCAAUAAGUACAAUCUGAAUUUAGCACACUCAAGUCUUAAGUGUUGUCAUCAGCCAGGCUUUUGUAGGCAGUAAAGUACUGCAUCAGCAUCUAGCUGUAGCUCACUAAGUGAUCCCUGGUGCUGUGUCAGAAUUUAGUUUUAGACUCACUGUGUGAUUCCAUGCUGCAGUACAAGAAAAGGUAGAUAUGCAGAAAGGAAGAAAAUACUUUUAAUUAUUCACAAGAAACAGUAUUUAGAUGCAAAGUCUAACUAUACUCUUAUUUUAGGACAAAUGACAUUUAUCAGCUAUUUUCCUCUGAUGUUUAGUUUUAAUGAAUCAUACCAUUUUCUAAAAUGUUUGCAGAAGGUAUUUUUGCUCCUGCAGGUGUUGCUUUUUCUUUUGGGUCUGGAGAAUGAGUGAUUGUGUCCCUCAGGUUUACUGUCUUCUCUGUUUUGAUCCAGAAAGUUGUGACUGCAGUAACCUUUGCUGCCAUGGUGGUGGUCUUAUCUCAGUGCUGAGAACCACGUGCUUGGUUGCUUAGAGUGAGGAGGGCUGUGCUCACACAGGUGGUUGGAGUGAGGAGGGCUGUGCUCACCAAGGUGCCUGUGCCCAGUGUGAAGCCCAGUUUCACUGUCCACUUGUCAAACACCAGAUCUUUUCCCCAUGUGGCCAGGUUUCUUCACAAAGAAAUGAGGGAUUUUUCUCCAUCAGAGAGCAGUUUACUGGGUCUUAUAAAAGAAAACAAAUGCCAUGCUAACAAAUGCCACAUUGUGUUUUAGUUCUUUGCAAUGAGUUUGUUAAAACCAGUUCUGAUGCUGUCUUGGACAGAGCAUUGUUGUAAGCAGUUUGUGAUAGCAUUUGUGUUGUAAAUUUUCUGACAGGUGUGUGCUUGCUUAGAAUUUUCCUAAUAUUUGCUUUUCAAAGUACUGUCAACUAUGAAAUUUCUGUAUCAGUGCUGUUGCUAGCUAUGGGGAAGCGUACACCUUGCUUUCCUUAGCUGUUGUUUCUCUGCUAUCAGUGUCAGUACAGCACCUGAGGAGUAUGCAUGGAAGCAAACACCCUGACACCUGGGUCUUGGCCUUCUCUCUCCUCACUUAAAAGGGAACAGAAUAAUGAAAGUAAUCAAAUUAUUUCAUACCAAUGGCCAAUGAGUAUUAGUCUGUUAGGGAAUAAAAUAAUUUGGUUAAAAUAACAGCAUUGAUAAUUCAGAAUGAUGGCUUUUUAAACAAAAUUUUGUGCUGGUCCUGGGAUUUGAACUUAUGGUCUAAGCUCUGUCUCUGAGC